AUGAAGGCUCAAUUUGGUCUCAAGGCUGCUUUGGCACUCAGCGCCAUUUGCAGUCACUGUGCUGCCCAGACAUUCCGCCGUCUUGAUUCUUGUCCCACUCUAGGCUGCAUCCUACCGCCGGACCAAGCAGACUUUCUCCCUGGCCAGUUUUUUGACAUUCGGGUUGAGGUUCAUGCGCCACAAAAUGGCAGUGAACGCGUUCCGUAUGCCAACCCAGAUACCAACUUCACCCUGACCAUCGAGAAGGAAGGUGGUUCGGCAAGCCCUGCUGCGGCUUUCUUCAAACAAUCCGAGCCCAAACUUGAACAGUGGAACUUCACCUGGUAUGAGGAUCUAUUCGCGGAAACCGCAAAGACCCCAUCAUUCGUCAAAGUUGCUGCCAAGGCCUAUAGAAAAGUGGCUCUCUACGAACCAGGUCAAUAUACUGCUACUUUGACGUAUCAGAAUGGCUCGACGACUUACGCCAACUGGACUGUGCGGGACAUUGCUCCUCUAAAGAGAGCCAAGAACGUCGUUAUGUUCAUUGGAGACGGAAUGACAACCAACAUGAUUACAGCUGCUCGUCUACUUGGUCAUAAGACCAUCAACGGCAAAUAUCAAUCCAACUUGGCUCUAGACAAGUUCCCAGUGUUGGGCCACCAAAUGACACACUCUUUGGACACUUUCAUCACUGACAGCGCCAACUCGGCAACGGCACUGUACACCGGUCACAAAUCGACGGUGAAUGCUCUGGGAGUCUACGUUGACAGCUCAAAGAACGUAUUUGACGACCCCAAGGUCGAGACCAUUGCUGAGAUCUUCCACCGUAUUCGCGGAGGCGGCGUCGGUAUCGUUUCGACUGCAUUCAUCGCAGAUGCCACGCCGGCAGCUUUGACCGCCCAUACCCGUGAUCGAGGCCAAUAUGGCGCGGUUGUCGACUCCUUCCUUAACGGAAUUACCAAUUUCACAUGGACCAACUGGACCGGCCCUGAUGUUUUGUUCGGUGGUGGUGCGGAACAGUUCUACCCUAACAGCAAGUCUUUCCAAGGCAAGGAUUACUAUGCUGAGUUUGCCAAGAAGAACUACUCCGUUGUUCUGAACAACACUGCUUUGAAAGCAGCUUCCAACUCGUCCAAGACUCUGGGUAUUUUCUCAGUUUCCAAUAUGGCCAAGUGGCUUGACCGCAACGUCUAUCCAAAGAACCUCGACAAGCCCAAGACCGCUCCUGAUGGUACUAAUGCCAGCUCCACCGACCAGCCUGGUCUCAAGGAGAUGACACUCAAAGCCCUUGAGAUCCUCCACACUCGUCACGCUGAUGACGGGUUCUUCUUGAUGUCCGAGGCUGCCAGCAUUGACAAAAUGAUGCACGUUUUGGACUACGACCGCGCUCUUGGCGAGCUCCUCGAGCUCGACGACACAGUCAAGGCUACCCUCAGCUAUCUCGAAUCAAUCGGUGAACUGAACGAUACCCUUGUGCUCGUGACUGCUGAUCACGGUCACGGAUUCGACGUUAUGGGUAGCGUGGACACCAAAUUCCUCAACGCUCAAAAGGGCGACCGUGAAAAGCGUGGUGCCAUCGGCACAUAUGAGAAGUCUGGUCUCAGCCAGUACCUGGUCGCUAACAGCUCCGCCCCAGUUGGCAGCGAUCAGAACCUCAUCUAUGCUCCUGGUGUCCACUUCCCCGCCAAUUGGGAUCCCCGCUACACGUUGUUCCAGGGCCUCGGUGCCAACCCCGACCACCGGGAGAACUACCAGGUCCACAAGUCCGGACCCAGAAUCCCUGCGUUGAACGUCACCGGCUUCGACAGCGACGACUUCUAUGUCAACUACAUUGAUGCCGUCACUGGUUUCUUGAUCAACGGAACGCUCCCUGUGGACGCCGACCAAGGUGUACACUCGCUGACUGACGUUCCGGUCUUUACCCGUGGCCCGUGCCAGGAGAAGUUCGGCGGUGUUUACGGUAACAUCGAUAUCUUCUACGGUCUCGCCGACUGUCUUGGUUUGAGUCAGACCAAGGCACCGUAG